AUGGAACGGAUGGUCUGCGGCACUACCCCACAGCACGUCUACAACACAGCCACCAACACGUGCCGACGCAUGCCACAACCACUCGCACACAUGCAUACAAAGACACAUGCACACACACACGCACAAAUACAACAUACACACAAGCACAUGCAUACACCCACACAAGAACACGCACACAUACAGGCGCACACUCACGCACACACACCAUCAGUGGCGCAGCCGCAACGGAAGCGCUCGGGAUGUGAUCCGAAUACUAUCACAGCACAACUCAAAACCAUACACCAAAAUGAUACCACACCACAACAAACAGCCACUCACAGGGAAACAGACGCAUCACAAGAGACGCGUGUACACACCAAUCAAGCACACACGCACACAGCACAACGACAACAAACACAAACACACACGCACAAUCUACACCAACCACAACCAAGUGCCCACCCAGCAGAGGCACACACAUAUUCACACACAUACACACGCACACACACACACACACUGGCACACACACGCACACAUACGCCCCGCAUCGCUGCCUCGCUCAACACGGACAGACCCCGAACGUCACCGACGGCGAGUGUAGACGUGUGUGACUGCGUGGGGGACAACAGUGAACUGACUGUGACUGGGUCUGCUUUACUGUUGUUUAUCGUAAAGCGCGAUGUGUGGUUCAAACUCAGGCGAUGUUGCGAUGAGAAGCGCCUGCGAAGGCACGUGGACACUCUUUUGGACACGCCAUUUCUGGCGCGCGCCUGUCGGCGGUUGGUGGGGAGUGAUUGGUACAUGGGUCCGGUUGCCUACUGGCAGUGUGCAGCUCUGCAAGACCGCAUUCUAGCGGACACGUUACAGGCCAUUGUGGGUCUGCUAUUCCAGUCAUGUGACAUCAAUCAGUGCGCUCGCGUAUUUGCGGAGUGGUGCCUAGUAGACGAGGAGGAGUUGAGAGUGCUGUUCAUAAGCCCCUCACAGCGUGUCGAAUGCAUUGACCGGACCAAGGGAAUUGACAACAGAGUCUCAGAACUAGCUGAAAAUUUGGGCUUCAAAAGGUCCGAACUUCUUGACUUGGCGCUGAAACAGGACGGUGAGUAG